AUGGCUUCGGUUCGCAAAGGAGGUGCGUACUGGGAGCGGAGCCGGGCUUCGGAGCUGAUGGAGGCAGGGGGCCUCCCCGGGCAGGAGUCCUCAGAUCCGCUGAUCACUGCGGUGCCGCCGGACACCUCGGGCCUCUACGAAAAAGCCAAGAAGGGGACUGGGAGCUUCUUGGCCCAGAAGAAGUACACCCAAGAGGAACGCUUCUUGCUCGCCUUUUCCGCAAUGAGUCUCAGAGACCAAGAGAACUCGCGUGGUGCAGACCCGGACUUCACACAGGAGCUGGAGACCAUGCAGAGUCACGCCCGUGGCGAGGAAGGCCCGGUGCACCGGCCGGAGGUGCUGCGACAGUGGGGCAACGAGGGUUUCAAGGAGCUGGAGCAGCUGAAGAGGAAGUUUAUCCUUCCCUUCGCCUGCAGUCGAGGCGCCAGGGGCACCACCGCUUGGCAGUCGCCAGGCCUCCUGUCCCAGAUCCAGGUGCCUGCUGAGCUCGUGGCAGAGGUGCAGAAGCCGCUGCAGGUGUCGCUGGAACAGCUGCAGGUGGAGGUGGACGAAUAUGCCGAGAACGACUUUCCGCUGGAGUUGCUUUCGACACGCCGUGACCCGCUCUUCUUCGAUGGCGUGCGCAAAGUGCUCUUCUCCCUCACGCGUCUGAUCGGCCUUUGUGCGCACUUGCUGUACUGGAACGCCUUUGCACACCUCCAUUCGUUCCCACUGCCGGAUUCCACGCGUCAAAGCCUGGUGCUGACCAUACAGGAAGCUUGGUCCAAGCUGGAUGAGCUUGCCAAGAAUAAGCUCAGCAAAGCCGAUGCUCACGCCAGGGAGUUCUUUGUACCAGUCUUCCUCCUCUUCCUCAAAUGGGGCAUCGAGAAGGCACUUCUCCUGCAGUACCACAAGUUGCUGCGCGAUCCCGACUACGGAGAAGAUGCAACGACGCAGCUCCUGGACCACAUCAAUGUUGCCGUGAUGUGCCUCUUCGACCCGGACUGUGUCGCGGCCAACUUCGGGACCUUGGACGGCUCCUCCGAGGCCGUCCGCCUCUGGAGAAAGCUGCAUAUCAACCAGAUGAAGCACGGCCUGACGCCGGCCACGCGGAGCCUCGCCCGAGGAUUCCGCACUUCUCCGAUGAUGCUACUGCUGAUGCACGGAGAUGGAAGCGGGCCAGCCGAUCCCAAGACAAGGCGCCUGCUGCAGAAGAGCAGCAGCGAAAGCGUCCUUGCUGCAGUGGCAGGCAUUCCACCGGUCCUGGAGGAGUCUGCAAGCGCCACCAGGAGCGGAGAGCGGCGAAAAGUGCUUUGGAAGGGACCGGCCUCGCCGUUGGAGGUUGCUCGCAAGGCCGUGUUGUACAGCACGGCAUGCAGCCGGGUCUCCUCGUCAAGGGUGUGA